AUGACUUCAUAUUCUUGGAGGAGGCGCUGUUUUGACGUUGUGGUGGUAGCGGUGUCUCAGAUGGUCCUGAACACAUGCCAUGUCGAGGCGAAGCCGUUACCCUCGAAGGCGAUGAUUACCGACUGGAAUCAACUCACGCCUUCGCCCAACUUAACGUGGACACCAUGCUUCGAGAAUUUCACCUGCACCCGCUUACAGGUUCCGCUCAACUACUCAGACCCAUCCAUCGGCGGUCCGGGACAAUCAGGCGUAGGAGACAUUUUGGGAUCAAGCCAGGAGUAUUUGCAGAGAUUUGGGCCCGGAUACACCUGGGUGGGCUUUGACCCUCGCGGAAUCAAUAACAGUGGACCUCCAGUCGAUUGCUUUCCCUCAAACGAAUCAGCCCGGGCGACCUUCGAGACACUAUUUUUCGGCCAGGUUACCGACGCAUCUUCUACAUCCUUAGCAGAGCAAUACUACUCGGCAAGCUUAUAUGGUCAAUGGUGUUCCGAGUCCUAUAGAUAUGGAAAUACCAGUGGACUUCAUAUAAGUACGCCGGCCGUGGCUCAGGAUAUGCUUACAUUCGCUCAAGCUGAACAGCGUCUAGCCGGGAAACCCGAGGACGAAGCACAAGUCUGGUAUUAUGGCAAGAGCUACGGAACAGCUCUGGGAGCGACUUUUGCGGCGCUGUUCCCUCAGAAUGUCGGUCGUGUUGUUCUCGACGGAGUUAUCGACGCUCAAGACUACUAUGAGGGACUCUGGAAGACCAAUCUUUACGACACUGAUGCGGUACUGGCCACGUUCCCAAAAUUUUGCUACCAAGGUGGUCUGCAAAAUUGUUCAUUCUGGGGCCCAUCCGAGCAAAACAUCACAGACCGUAUGCGCCAAAUCCUCUCCAAUAUUAAACAACAUCCGCUCCCGGUCUCCGGUCUUCAGCAGAAUGGAAACACGAUGGGACUUGCGACUUACUCGGACCUCAAGCAAAGCAUGCUCCUCGGCGUAUACUUCCCGACGCAGAACUUCCCUACUUUGGCAGAGAUACUCACAGGGGCCGAAGUAGGGGACGGCUCAAUUAUGCCCGACAUCCCCACGGACUACCUGUGGGGCCCAGAUGUGAACGUUCUGAUCAAAUGCGUCGAUUCUUAUGGCAACACCAACUUCACGUCUCUCAGCGAAUACCAGGCUUAUGUCAACAACCUGACGACCAUAAGCAAGUCCCUUGGGGACGCCUGGCCAAACAAUGCCGCGACGGUUCUUUGUGGCUCCCUAGAUCUUAACAUACCGCGCGGCGGUAGUUUCCCUGGGCCCCUACCACCUUCCAGCAACCACACAAAUUUUCCGCUCCUCUUCAUCAGUAACGCUUUGGACCCGGUCACCCCAAUUCGAGGUGCACAAAAGAUGUCUAGAGGAUUUGCGGGUUCCUCAGUUCUAAUUCAAGGGGAUGGUCUUGGA